AGCAGCAGUUGUUUCUCACAUUUGUAGACUAAAUGUCGUCUUUUUGUUUGUAGAUAUGGCUCGUGGACAGCAGAAGAUUCAGUCGCAGCAGAAAAAUGCCAAGAAGCAAGCUGAGCAAAAAAAGAAACAAGGACAUGAUCAGAAGGCUGCAGCCAAGGCUGCCUUGAUAUAUACCUGCACUGUCUGUAGGACACAAAUGCCGGAUCCCAAGACCUUCAAACAGCACUUUGAAAGCAAGCAUCCUAAGACUCCACUUCCUCCAGAAUUGGCUGAUGUUCAGGCGUAAAGUUGUCUCCAGGUGAAAUCAUGGCACCUAUUGACUCUUCUACUGUCAGACCUUACAUAACAAACCUGCAGCUGCUUUUCUAAAACUGUUGAUCAGCAAAAAUGAAGGGGCUACAGAAACAUUCAUAUUUUUAUGCUGUUCCCUCUUGGGCUUCAUGCAAAGACAAUUCUGUGUAAAUGUACAGUUGUGCCCUAUUUGGAAAUCCUGAAAAAUCAGUCCAUACUUGUUAUAAAAAAUUUUUUACAAUUGUAAUUAUAUUGAUGUUCAUAUUGUGUAAAGUAACUCAUUUAAUAAAGUAGUACUUUGAUUUUACAAUAUCACAGAUUAAAUCCUUGUAGAAGUUCUGUUUCAACUUUCUGCAUUAUCUGCCUUAUAAAAUAAAGACAAAGUGGAAUUUUUCCCCAUCCUGCCAAAACACGAGCAGUGUCAUUCCACUGAAAGUAAUGUACAUUACAGUAAAUUAAUCCAAAGUGAAGAGGGAAGCUGCUCGGAUUUACUGUUCAGUGUGCUGCCUGCUUGAGCCCGCUCACUCAUGGUCAAGUUGUUGGCUCAAGGGGCAGCAGACUCCUUAGGAGCUGCAUGAGAAUCAUGAGACUUCCCUCUGCAUUUUUGUCCUGUGUAUUGGAGUCAAAUACUGCAAGCCAUUUUGAAUGGGAUUUCUUUACUGUGAGGGAUCAUGUUCCUUGAAGUCAUGCACUGGAGAGACUCCUGUUACGCUUCAUAGGUGGUAGAUGGCUGAGGAAGCUGAGAGGUGGCAGGAUUGAAUGCUUCUGGGUAUGCUGGCUUGAAAAAUGCUUGCAAAUAUUAGGUUAAAGCAACUCUGCUCUUAGUCGAAAAAUUGAUUUGGAAAGAUUUUUAAUGAUAUUCUGAGCAGUCGGCCACACGUGUUCCCCCACAAAUGCGUCUGGUUAUUUCAGUAGCAACUCUUCAAGAAAUACGUAAAGCAGCCGGCCAUUAAUAACCUUUCUUCACAACCAGCUUAAAAUAAGCCUGUUGGCAAAGAGCCAAAGUAACUAAAAUAAUAUGGCUACUUUAAGAAAUCGGAUGUGAUUAAAGUUGCAUUGACAAGAAAAAGCUGGCUAAUAACUCUCUGGCCAAAAACAUUUCAGCAGCUAAACAUAAUUACCCAUAAAGUGUUCUGGGCUCAGUUCUAAUCCCAGAUGUACAGCACAGAAGUAGUGGAGAAACAUCUGAGUUGUUGCUAGAAGAGAAGGUCUGCUAUACAAAAUCCCAUCUUUGGCAUUUGUAGGGAGCUUAUUUAAGAACUUUACUUUUGACCUUGCAGUAAGUAACAAUACUAGAAUUGCUGCAAUUUACUGAGGUUACAAGGGAUGUGAAAAUUCUGGCAGUCCAGGUAACCUGUGCUACGCAGCAGGACUGUACAUCUGACCUUCAAAUGGCUUCCUAAAAUCUAGGACCAUAGUCUCAAAGACUCAUUCACUUAAAGGAUGCACUUGGUAUUUUAUUAUAUAAAGUCAAAGCCUUUGUCUUCGUCUGCUCAUUUGCUCUUUAUUGAACUACUUCUGUGAGACUAGCUUCCUGUCCUCUUUGCUGUGACAGUAUCUCUGUAAAUACUUAUUUUGGCAUAAAGUUUCUCUGUAUUAUAGUCACUCCAGGAUAACCUGUAUACCACUUAACUUUUAUAGAUAAUGUUGUUCUCCUCCGAGAGUAAUCCACUACUGCACUUGUACACCUGACAUCAGAAUGUAACGCUUCAUUUAUUUUUCUUUAAUGUUAUCGAUACAUAUAUCCUGACAAACUGGCUCCCACAAGGCAAGAAAUCUGCUCUCGACUGUUGUGCUGUAUGGGGGAGAGGUACUUCAAUGUUCUGAUGCUGUAGUUUGUCUGAAAAUACUCUUGAGUGCAAAUGGAUAAAGAUGUUUCUUGCACUGAUUGGUAUUCGGUAAUUUGGUUUUACUUUGGAAAAUGUUCUGGGAUGUAUCCCUUAUAGUUUGGUCCUGAGGUGAAAUAUAUGUUCUAUUCCUUCAAUUCAGAUUGUGUAGCCUUAAAUAAAAAGAUUUUGUUUCAUAAACAAUCUCUCUUAAUGAGCACUGAAGAGCUGGAAAGCUGCAUCGCUAGUGGGAUGGUUAACUUCAGUUAGAGUUUAUUUUCAAAACUUUAUGAUGCUCAAGUUGAAAAUACCCUGUGAAGUGGUGUUUUUUUUUUUAUGUAUUAGAAUGCAAGGUUGAUCCUCAGUUUGAUAGAUCCCUAGCUGCAGUAGCUGCAAUCUCAGUUACAAACAUAAAUGAAAGCUGUGAUUGAAUUGUUAUAAAGGCUUUAUAAGUAUAGGGGGAAUGCUAUACUAUAUGGGGGGGUCAUCCUCAUUUAGAAUAUCUGCAAUAUUCCUUGUACUUAAAGGCCAGAGGAAGCACUAGGAGUUCUCCAUCAUCUCUUCCUGAUCUGAAGGAUGGCACCCUGUUACCUGGUAAAGACACAGUUGUGCAUUGUAACGUGUCUGAUUAAAGAGAAUUAAAAAACUAAAA